UUCUCCUCCUUCUCAUUCCUCUCUUAAGUGUUCUUGAAACCCUAUAUAUAUGUAUGCAAAUCUCCCUGCAUUUACAUGAAUAAAAAUUCAAUCUUGAUUUCAGGAAGUGAAUAAUAGCAUUGGCCGCUUUUCAAAAUUUUUUUGAAAGUUGAAACCCUCUAAACAAAUCUCCUAUUUUCUUGAAAAUAAAUUACUAGUACUACUACUAUAAUUUGAAUCUUUUCUACGCAGAAUGCAGAAUUCGUCGUCAUCAUCAUCAUUAAUGGUGAAGCAAGAAUUCUUCACCAAAUGGAAAAAGGGACUGAAAAUAUACAGCGCCUUCAACAAGGAGAUGACCAUCAUGGAAAGGAAGAGGGCGAUCAAGCUGUCAGCUGACGUGGCGAUAGCCUCCACCCGAAGCGCCACCACGCAGUGGAGCAGGGCCGUGGUAGCCGAAGUCUCGUCUUCGGCCGCCGGCGCCGCCAGAAUAGCGGCGGAGGAGAUCCUGGGGCGGAAGCUGUCGACCGAGAGGAGGAAGGCCCAAGCCGGCAAGAAGAUCGUGAGAAGGAGGCGCAAGGCGGCAGCGCGGGGAGCUGUGCGUUCGAGCGCCGCCGCUGUUGCAAAGAAAGUGGUCCGGAAUCGGAGGCGCGUGCUUAAAAGGCUGAUACCUGGUUGGAAGAAAUUGGAUGAGAUUUGUUUGAUUAAAGAAACCCUAGAUUAUAUUGCUUCUUUGCAAGUGCAGGUUGAUGUAAUGAGACAUCUUGCAAAUGCUGGUGAGACCUUGCAUCACCAACAAAUCUUAUUAUAAUUAUAAUUAAAAUAUACUACUACUGUAUUUGUUAUCUAUUUCCAGUUUUUUUUUGUUUUUUAGAAUAGAUAAUAUAUGACAAUGAAAUAUCAUGUACUGUAACUCUUUGGAAGAGAGCAAUAGCUAGUUUAAGAAUUAAGUUUAGAGGUUGGGGUGUAGAGUCGAGUUCUACUUCAAAAUCAGAGUGUACUUGCUGUAUGAGAUUUCUUGAGCAAGGGUAGAACCAGAAUUACUGUACUCGGUAGUUAAAAUAUACUAAGAUGCAUUUAACCAUGGAAUAUUAAUUUCUUUCAUAUUGAAAUUUCAA